AUGGUCAAGAGGGAUCAGGCAAGACAACACUUCUUUGAAUAUUAUUGUGCUUACUUGGAUGUGGAGAAUGCACCGGACCCACUGCUGCUUAAAACAGUUGGUGUAAAUACCAAAAGUCAUCUCAUCUCACAGCCAAAUUAUGCUGAAAACUUAUUGAGUAUUGUUGACGCUCUCACACAGAGUGGAGCAGUUGAUGUGAUCAUAAUCGACAGUGUUGCUGCACUCAUCCCACAACGUGAAAUUACAGGUGUAAUAAGUGACAAUAUCAUUGAGACAUAA